GACAAAUCGUGUAACGGCUUACCUCAUGACAGAUGUUGAUGCAAGGCCUCCCGUGUCCAUGCUUGCGGCUUGCCGUGCGAUAAAGUAUGAGUAUGCAAUUGUUUAGCUAGCGAUAUCCGCCAGACAUCCUACCGAUAGCCCCACUAUGGCUGGCAAGGGCCCAGAGGUUUUAUCCAUCACAUCUAUUCAUUGCAAAAAUCACAACCUGUCGCAAAAACCCCUUCACAAAACGCUGUAUGUGGAUCUUAGGACAUGUUCAGUUCCACGCUUGAUGCCGUGGUGACGAUACUGGCACUCCUUCCCCACGGGGCAGCGUCUGCGGUAAUCGCCAAUAAAGAAUCACACGUUCCCAACCCCGUCCGGGCGGAGGAAAUUCCCAAUCUACAGCGUCGCGUAACAAAUUCGACUCCGCCAGACCCAAUUGUAGCCAGCGUAUCUCAAUAUUGGGAAGGAAAUGAUGGUACUUGGUCGACGUUUGCAAUACAGGUCGGCAAGCAACCACAGAACAUAAGAGUGCUGCCUUCUACUGCCUCAUCGUCGUCUUGGGUCGUGUACGACCAAGGCUGUCCUGCUGAUGCACCAAGCAAUUGUAUAGACAGUCGAGGUGGAAUCUUCAAUCCAAACAAAUCGCUCACAUGGGUCCCAAACUCCAUCUUUGGGCUGGGAGUUGAGACCUACUCGGAUCUGGAGGUUUUUGGAGACUUUGGCUUCGAUACUAUGACACUAGGCUGGCAGGGUUCUGGUGGACCAACUGUCGAACAUUCAAUCAUUGCAGGAAUAGGUGACACCUCUUUCUCAUGGCUCGGGACACUCGGUUUGAAUCCGCGUCCCACGAAUUUCUCAACGAUGCCGAACAAUCCUCAGGUUAGCUUCGUACAAUCGUUAAAGAACCAAAAUAGCAUCCCCAGUGUAUCAUGGGCGUACACUGCUGGGGCAUCAUAUCGACUAAAUAAGGUUUACGGCUCGCUCGUAUUAGGUGGAUACGAUGCCUCGCGCUUCCGGGUGCCACCCAGCACCUCUUCCGAUCUCUCGUUCGACCUUUACACGGACGUAUCGAGAGAUCUACUGGUUGGUAUAUCGUCCAUCACAACCAGUAAUACUGUUUCAUCGACUUCUGAGCAGCAACUGCUCCAGGACGGGAUAUAUGCGUUCAUCGACUCCACACUCCCUCAUCUUCGGCUUCCUGUGGCCAUAUGCAAGGCCUUCGAGGCUGCAUUCGGUCUCGUUUGGAAUUCUACUUCGGAACUCUACAUACUGAAUUCCACACAGCAUGACAAGCUGCUAAACCUAAACCCUUCUGUCAGUUUCACACUGUCUCCCACCCUUCCGGCUGCCUCUCUCAAUGAAUCUGUUACGAUAACUCUACCAUAUGCUGCGUUCGACCUCAACACGUCCUGGCCUCAUGCAGCGUCAUCUUCCUACUAUUUCCCACUGAAGCAGGCCGCAAAUAACGACCAAAUCGUUUUAGGCCGAGCAUUUUUGCAGGAAGCAUAUCUGAUUGCCGAUUAUGAACGCCAGAAUUUCUCAAUUUGGCCAUGUACCUGGGAAGAGAAUACGAUCAAGGCUGAAAUCAUCGCGAUUGAUUCGCUUGAUGCUGUCAAGGAUCCUGCGCCAACACCGAUCAAGACAAAUACGAGCCUCAAACCAGGAGUCAUUGCAGGAAUAGCUGUGGGUGCAGCGGCUUUAGUAAUAGGCUCGCUACUUGCUGCAUUCAUCUGGUGGCGAAGAAGACAACGGCCUCCCGUUGUUGAAGUCAAAACUGGACCUUUUACAGAUGACUCUGCAGCGUCUUCUCCUAUCUCUCCGACUUCAUUCGAUAAGGUUUUCGACGACGCCCAAGAGCUGGGUUCGGAACCUCGACACGAAAUGGCUGGCCACCACAAAUACGGCCCAUUCGAAGCGCCGCAUCGUCCCAAAUUCGAGAUGGAGGGUGCAGGUAUGCCCCAGGAAGUAGGAGGGGAAGCGAGGAGUGUGCAUGAGCUACCUGGAAAUACACAUUUCCUGCCUCGAAUACGAAUCCAGGCACCCCCUACGGAGGUUUCAAUGGCGUCUAAUGCCAGGUCCAUGUCACCGGUGCCGGCACUCGGAGGAAAUAAAGACAGGAAAAGCAGUAUAUGCAUUGAGCAGCAUGAGCUAUGAGUAUGAUUUUUAAUGAGCG